UACAUGUAACCCAAACACACACAAUUCACUAAUUUGGGCCUGUUCCAUUUUGCCCACUAUAAAGUACCACAAACUAGGGUUUCUCUAAAAUCCCCUGUAUUUCAUCUUCAACAGCAGCAGCAGUAGCAGCUCCAGCUCCGAUCGUGAAAAUGCCGUCACACAAGAGUUUUAUGAUAAAGAAGAAGCUGGCGAAGAAGCAGAGGCAGAAUAGGCCUAUUCCUUAUUGGAUCCGUAUGAGGACCGACAACACCAUCAGGUACAAUGCCAAGCGCAGACACUGGAGGCGUACCAAGUUAGGAUUUUGAGGUGGAGUACUUGGAGUUCUCUUCAAGGUUUUAUUGAAAAAUCAAUGGGUUUUUUGUUACUUUCUGUUUUGUUUAGUAGGAGCUUAUCUCUGAAACGAAAUUUAGUAGAGUUGUUUUCUACUGACGUUUUGGUAAAAAUAUUGGAGCUUAAUAUUCAGCGGAGUUUUAUGUAUUCAAUGAAAUAUUUCUGGAUUUUA